CGAGGGCAAAACCGGAUUUACACCUAAUCAGAGAAACUCUUCAUACUGUCUCGUUGCUCGCGUCCAGGACUCCAGGCCAAGAUCGCAAGAGCACUAGCAAGCUGUGGAGGAUGAUGAUAAGGCAAGGCCCGACUCUAACAUGCGCGGUGGUUGUGGCAGUCCUAACCUGCGCACUAACCCUCUCUGUAGCUCUCGAUGGCACGGAGACCCCACAAAACCCAAACAUAUUCCAAGUCACGGACAAUAUUGAUUUGCUGGGCACCGAGAGGAAGUUCAAGGUUUUCAUGGAGAAGUACGAGAAGAGAUAUGGUACGAGAGAGGAGUACCUGCACCGCCUUGGGAUAUUCGCCAGGAACAUGGUGAGAGCCGCCCAGCACCAGGCGCUCGACCCCACCGCAGUCCACGGUGUCACGCCCUUCUCCGACCUCUCCGAGGAGGAGUUCGAGCGGCUCUACACCGGCGUCAGAGGUGGGCCUAGGAAUCGCGUGGAUGUCGGGGUUAAGGAAACUGCACCAUUUCUGAAGGAGGAGGUGGUUGCUGGCUUGCCCGACAGCUUUGAUUGGCGGGAGAAAGGAGCUGUUACUGAGGUUAAGAUGCAGGGUGUCUGCGGAUCAUGCUGGGCUUUCAGCACCACAGGAGCCGUUGAAGGAGCCAAUUUCAUAGCCACAGGGAAACUUCUCAAUCUCAGUGAACAACAGCUUGUUGAUUGCGAUCAGGCAUGCGAUGCGACGGACAAGACUGAAUGCGACAAUGGAUGCCACGGAGGGCUCAUGACAAAUGCAUACAAAUAUUUGAUGGAGGCAGGAGGAUUAGAGGAGGAGAGCUCAUAUCCCUACACAGGGAAACAGGGUGAAUGCAUGUUUAAGCCGGAGAAAGUUGCCGUCAAAGUCGCCAAUUUCACCAACAUUCCUGUCGACGAGAAUCAAAUUGCAGCAUAUUUAGUCAACCACGGCCCUCUUGCAGUUGGGUUGAAUGCGGUGUUCAUGCAAACGUACAUCGGCGGCGUGUCGUGCCCAUUCAUCUGCGGGAAGAAAUGGGUGAAUCACGGCGUGUUGCUGGUGGGAUAUGGUGCAAAGGGCUUCUCCAUUCUUAGAUUCGGGUACAAGCCGUAUUGGAUCAUCAAGAAUUCGUGGGGGAAGCGAUGGGGCGAAAAGGGAUAUUACCACCUCUGCCGGGGGCGAGGCAUGUGCGGCAUGAACACGAUGGUCUCUACAGUUGUGACUCGAGCCUCCUAAGUCCUAAGCACAAGUUUUCUUCUGACAAAACUAUAAACAUGGUGUAAUGUGGAACUGUACUAUACAGUUUUUGGAUUCUGCUUCUCUGGAAUUAUACCUUGACGAAUCAAAACCAAUAAAUUUGUGUAUGCCUCUUUGUAUUGAGUGGGUCAUUCUAGC